GACUAACAACCAGGAUUCCCUUUGACCGAGCUCUCGACCUGGCCAAUCGCUACGCCAUCACAGAUGCUCUCUAUCCACUCUUUGUGCAAGACAUCAAGAAGUUCCUCCUGCACCCAGCCAACUAUGCUCGAACGGCUGCCGUCUUUGCUGCAGCAACACAGAGGCAAGGGGUAGCUGCAGGAUCUACUGCAACGUCCGUUGAUGGAGACGAUCAACGGCCCUCCUCAGCUGCUCUGCAUCGCGCAUUGUCCAUGCCUACACCCAUUGACCGAUCUCUUCCAACGCUCACACCGCCAUCCAGCGCAUCCACCAAUGGCGACUACUGGACAGCAUCGCCCAAUACACAUAUUCCGCUAAGCGAGUCGCAAGCUCGCUCGCACAGUCUACCGGGUACGCCCGCUCAGACGCCGCCUGCGCCGCAAUAUAUGCCUUCUCACAUGCAGCAGCCGUACAUCGGCUCCUCGCUCGCCAAUGGCGACGGCAACAUGCCACGCGGUGGACCACCUUCGCAACAUCCCGGUGCAGCAUACAUGGGCCCACGAUACGGGCAACAGCCGGACACGCAGCGCAUGUACUCCACUCAGCACUCUCGCAACCCAUCUAUGAUGUCGUAUGAGAACGAGGACAUGAGUAUCGAGAGCAGCUCUGUCGCACUGACAGCUGAUCAUGCCUCUGUCAACAAUGGCGUUCCUCCACCACCUGCUGUGGCUAUGCAGCAUGCUGGAUCGAGUCAAGGGGCGGUAGCCUCCCUGAACGGGCAUCAUGCACGUCAACGCAGUCAGCAGAUUCGUGGAGCUCUGCCAUCGCCGGGUGGUCGUCAUGCACCAGUCUUUGAUCAGAACGGUCAGCCUAUGGGCGAGAUGAGGUUGCCUGGUCUUGCUAGCAGUAAUGCAGCAGGUAGCAGCUUUUCAACGCACAGUGGACCACAAACGCCUGGUGGCUCUCGUUCUCAUGCACGCACGCAAUCGCGUGGUUCAACAGGGAAGGUCUUCAGUACACCCAAUUUGACCACUCAAAUGACUCGCUGGGCUGGACAAACGCCGAAUGGCUCACCAACAAAAGGGACUACACCGCACAGUCGUCAGCAUAGUCGCGAUGCAGCGAGCAUGGGCCAGGGUCCUUCUUCCGUGGCAGCAAGUUGGGUACAACAGCAGCAACAGAUGGCUUUUAGUACACCACAGCAAGCAGCGCGAGUAGGUGGACAUCCUCAACAAUCUCAACAACACGCGGGCGGCUUACCUCAGAUAUUUGAGGAGACGCCGUCUUGCCGUAUGGCUUACCAGCUGCAUGGUACGCGUGCUGAGAGUGGUGCAGCGGGUGAUAUGCAAGCUGAUGCAGGCCAAUCUCAGCAACCACAUCGUGCAGGAGGCCAAAGUGCACCGCGUUUUGUUGAUUAUGGACAGCCGGCUGAUGAACACGGCAAUCAUGGUCCCUCACGACAGCACCCUAUGCAAAGUCCCAUUGUGCCUGGUUCUGCUCCCAAUUUGGGUCUAGGACUGGAUAUAGGACGUGCUGGCAGUCCUCGAGCGCGUCUUGGUCUUGGCUUGGAGUCGCCCUUGAGCGGUAAAACGAAGCGUGAUCGCACUGUAUCGGAUGGACGAGAUGAUGAGUUUGCCUACCAUCAACCACCACCGCCAUUGCAGCAAUCCUCGCAACAGCGAGGUCAGUUCAAUGCCCCGCCUCGAUAUGGCUAUGGGCAGCAAGACCGUAAUGAAGACUAUGCACCACCAUCGCAUGCUUCUGAGCGUGUAUUACAGUCUCCCCUCAAUGGCUCGACUCCGGGCAGCGGUGGCAAGAAUUCUGAUGCAUUCAGUCAUGGCUCUGCCUCGCAGCAACAACAUCAACAGCCUCCCCAGCAUGCACUUGUGCGGCAGUAUCGCACACAGCAGCAACAGCAGCAGCAGGUCGGAGACUACCAGAGUAGCCCACGUGGCUCCCCAACACCGCCACCUUUGCUAAAGCACGACGAGGAACGUCCCUCCGCCAGGCGUCAGCGCUCUUUUCAAUAAAGUCCCCCAUGCGUCUCAAUAUGACUUCAUUCACGAAAUUUCAACUCACAGGUCACGCACUGAUUAUGGUCUUUGCCCUGUCUUUCAAUUUUUCCCUCAUCGACUCUUCGUUUGUAAGAGUAUGCACAGCCCCGAGCACCCACCUCAUGCAGUUCGCUGGCGGACCAUCUAAACUCUUUUGUAGUGCUCUUUCCUGCUUUUUGCCAUACGCCAUUUAACAAGACAUGUUUUUCGAUCUUUA